AAACAACCAUGUUCUGACCACAGCUCUUGUUGACAGCACUGCUGGUGGCACGAGCUUCUUCGUAACGCAGCGAGACAAAAGGCUUGCUUUGGUUGCAGCUGGUCUCUGUGAGUGCACUUGGCUUGAUUGUGAACCACAAACCUUUCGAAGAACGUGGGUCUUGGAGUGCCAUACCGGGCCAUACCCUUGCCGCUGCUAGCAUAGAUGCAAAAAAUAUAGAUGCAUUGUUUCGAUGAUUGUGGCCCUUGCAUGGGUCAUUCAGGUCUCCAGGCGUUCAGAUUAAUGAAGCCCCCUGCAAAUCGCCAUGGUGCGGAUGCAGAAAGCGCGGCAACAGCUUUCCUUGCGCUACGCCUUCAAUCUGAAGCAGAGGAGUUUUGCAAGAGCUUGGAUGCAAGGACUUUGACCAAGUGCAUAGGCCACCUUGGAAAUGUUCGGAAGCCGUCAGCAGUAGCGGCGCUUUUGGAUGCUUUCCAAAGGGCGGGCAGAGAGCUUGAUGUCAUUCAUUGGAAUGCUGCCAUAAGUGCAUGUGCCAAGAAUAGUAGCUGGGCGCUUGCUUUAUCUGUUUUCGAGAAGAUGUCCAGCCCUGAUAUCAUUUCCGUUGGAGCCAUGAUCAAUGCCUUUGCAAAAGCACAGCGCUGGACGGAGCCCCUGAAGCUCUUGGAUGAUGCCAUUCAGAAGAAGAUGCAAGCUAAUGCCAUUGUUUUUAGUUCGAGUAUUGCAGCAGGUGCCAAGUCUGGAAGAUGGCAGACAGCCCUAAGCUUGCUUUUGCGAAUGGGUCAGCUGGAGGUUGGAGCGAAUCCAUUGACACUCAGCUCAGCCAUCUCAUGCUGUUCGAGCACAACUGAAUGGUGCCAAGCACUGCGAUGUCUCCCGUGCACAAGGAGAAUGAGGGCAUGUUCUUCCGAUAACGCAGCUACAAUGCGGGGAAUUGAAGGAAGCUACAAUGCAGCACUCGGCGCACUCGGCGCAGAUCAAUGGCUUCAAAGUCUGUGGCUCUUUCAGCUCAUGGCCUCGAAGCGUUGCUUGGUGAGGAUUCCAACAUGGAACCCACGUCAACAGCGACCCAAUCGGUGAGAUCUUAAAAAGGAUCGUUGUAGGGACCCAAGAAUUACUUCUUGACGACUUAAAAACAUCUUUGUGUUGUUUUUGGAACGCGCAGAUUCAGGAGUAGGUGAUUCAGCAAGCCUGACUUCAGUCAUCGACUCAGUCGGCAAGGCAGGCUGGUGGAGUGCAGCUUUGGACUUGCUGGAGGUUGGAAGCCAAGGCCAAAGCGACGCCAUCAUGUUCAGUGCCGCCAUCAAUGCUUGUGAAAAAUGCGCGUGCUGGCAAUUGGCACUGGGACUUCUUGCCAGAAUGGGGCCAAGGAGCUGUGCAGCGUGCAAUGCGGCCAUCAGUGCUUGUAGCAAAGCAACGGCAUGGGCUUUGAUGGAACUUCGCAGAGACACGAUUUCUUGCAAUUCCUUGCUGAAUGCAUGCGACAAAAGUCAACAAUGGAUGCUGUCCUUGCAUGUGCUGGAGACAAUGAGGACUGAAGGAAUUCAACAAGACGCGAUCACAUUCACAGCAGUUCUUGGUGCUUGCGAGACCUCUGACCAGUGGGCGGUAACCAUGCACCUUCUUCAAGAAGUACUUGAUGGUGGCUAUUGUGAUUGGCAGGCGGAUGACAUUGACUAUGUGCACUACUUUCAAGCCGGUUCUCCUUAUGACUGUUUGAAGCACAUGUUGAUUCUGCACACCCUAACCAGCAUGGUAAAUGAUGCCUCGCCGUUCUUGUACGUGGAUACUCAUGCUGGUACUGGAAUCUAUGAUUUGAAGUCACCAGAGGCGCAAAGAUUUCAGAACCACCAAGGUGGCAUUCUAAGUUUGAUGAAGGUUGAGAGACACGCAGCUUCGAAGGCGCUCUCAGACUACUUGAGAUUACAUGGAAUUUUCCCACGACUCUGUCGCAAGGGUAGUACCUUUGAAGAGACAUAUUUGGGCUCACCAGCCAUUGCUCAGUUGUUCCUGCGACCUCAGGAUGCUGCCAUUUUGUUUGAUGCAUCUCCACAAGUGGCUUCUGCACUGGACAGGAAUCUGCAGUCACUUUCUGGGACGUCGAAUACCGAGGUGUUCUGCACCAGUUCCUACAAAUGGUUCUCAAAGAGUAUCAAAUCACAGUACCAGAGGUACGCUCAUCUCAGCCGUGUACUUGCUCUAAUUGACCCACCAUAUGACUCUGCAAGCUCGUCUGACAAAUGGAACCUCUUCCUGGUGAAGCGCAUCCGGACGAUGUGGCCUCAGAGUUGUGUUCUUCUUUGGUAUCCCUUCGUUUCGGAAGGUCAGACGAAGCAAGGCUUAGACUCACGUAGAUUUGUCCUUUUGUGGUACGUUUCCUCAGUCCGUCUUACCUUGUCCCGAGAAACUUGGACAGUCAUUUUAUAUACUGUAGUGGUUCUACAAAGGGUUUUCCUCAUAGUCAUAGAGGUUUGGGUCAACUGGGUACCCUGCGUAGUAAGUAUGCAUUUGUUCUCUUCAUUCUUGACAGAUUUAAACAUACCACCUAUUCUCUACCCCCACCCAGCCCCUGAAUCUGAAGAUGAGAGGAAGCGUCUCGAUCAGCGCUUGGUUGCUAUGGAGAUCGGCACAGUUCUUGUGGCCGAUUUGGCCGUGUCGCCAAAGAAUGAUGCGCCCUCAGAAUCAAGGUCAUCUAUGGUGAUCGUGAAUCCACCCAGCUCCUUUGAGCAGCUGGAUUUUUUGCUUGAAGAUUUGAGAAGGAAUCUGGAGCGCGGCAAUUCCAAGUGCCAAGCACUGGUAUCAUUUCGCCGUCUGGAAAAAGGUUUCUAGUGGGGAGCCGGAUGUCCUUGUAUGAAUCAUUCCGAUUUCUGAAAGAAGAGGG